GCAUCCGGCUCCUUUCCCUUCCGCGGCAGUGGUAUCGCCCGGCCGCAGGCGCAGACGCAGGAAUAGGUAGUAGCUGCCGCCCAAGCCUCCCCCCGCGUCUCCGGCACAGUGGUAGAGGCCGGUUUCGCUUGUCGGCAGCCCCCGCCGCCUCAGUCGGAUCCAGCCGCUGUGGCCGUGGGCGCCUCGAGCCUCUCUCCCGCUUCGGGCUAGUGUAUGAGUGAUUUAUAAUCCUGAGCCCGCCAUGUCAACUCCGGCCCGGAGGCGCCUCAUGCGGGACUUCAAGAGGUUGCAGGAGGAUCCCCCGGCCGGGGUGAGCGGGGCCCCUUCCGAGAACAACAUCAUGGUGUGGAACGCGGUCAUCUUCGGGCCUGAGGGGACCCCUUUCGAAGAUGGAACUUUCAAACUUACAAUAGAAUUCACAGAGGAAUAUCCAAAUAAGCCACCUACCGUUAGAUUUGUCUCUAAAAUGUUUCAUCCAAAUGUCUACGCAGAUGGUAGUAUAUGUCUGGAUAUUCUUCAGAAUCGUUGGAGUCCUACCUAUGAUGUGUCCUCCAUCUUAACAUCCAUACAGUCUCUGUUGGAUGAGCCGAAUCCCAACAGUCCAGCAAACAGUCAGGCAGCUCAACUAUACCAAGAGAAUAAGCGGGAAUAUGAAAAACGGGUUUCUGCAAUAGUAGAACAGAGUUGGCGUGAUUGUUGACCCUGGAUGAUGCAAAUGAACACUCUGGUGAUGAGGAAAAUAUAUAUGAAGUGUCUGAGUCAUCUUCCUCCUAGCAUCAUUGCAUUUACUUUGAACGCAAACUAGCUGUUGUGCUGUUGCCACUCUCCCUUGCUGAAGCUUCCCUUCCUUGGACAUCAGAAAGCACCCAUUUUGAAGUCAAAUGUACUGUACUUGGGUUACUUGCAAAAGAAUUACUGAUGCUGAAUUCAUUUUCUGUGGUCCCUCUUCUCCAGUCUUAGGGCAGUAUUGUGCAUUUCUGUAGUGUACACUAAGCUUUUAAUUGUAAUUGUGUUAUACACAGUGAUGCUUAUGUGUAGCUUGAUAAAAGGGAUGUUUAUAUACGUAUAUACAUUUUUAACUGAUAUUACUAGAGUGCUGAUCUGUCCAGGCUGGUCACUUACCUCUACUGUUGGUUUUAGACCCCACUGCAUUUGUAAGUACUGCAGGAAGAAUUAACUUUCCUUUUCCCUGGUCUUACAGGGUUGUCAACUGUUUAGAAAUACAAAACAAUCUGACUAAUCAGAUAGUGAAAAUGGGGGAUAGUGGCUACUUCUGCACUUCGGGUGCAAGAAAGGUAUGAUGACUGUUAUGGUACUUGAGGUGAUAUGCAAAGUACCUCCUUUUUAUUUACAAAAAUAGGGUUUUAAAGGAUAUACCUAUGAGGAUACUGAUGAAAUAGGUUACUUUAGUCUUCUCAGUGAGGCACUGACUGGACAUACCCAUGUUGAGCUGUUGUACUUAAGUUCAAAAUCUUGUUAACUUUACUAUUUUGAGUUUUAAAAAAAAGUGAGGUAGGAAAAAACAAAACGCUUUGAAGUUAGGAUAUCACAUUCAUUAGUACUUGGUUCCCUUGCAACAGUUAACAUCUCUGUUGUGGAAAGAGUUAAGAAUUGUGAGGGGUCACUUGAGGCUGUGCAGUUCCUGCUCUCUGUAAAUUACAAGUGGGGUGUGUGUGUGAGCAACAGCUAUGUGCUUGUUAGUUUCCACCCAAUUUAAUGAAAAUAUCUUUCCAAGUUUCAAAAGGUGGAGUGAGUUUGGAUUUACAAUCUUUUGCAAGGCUAAGUUUGUACACUUUGGAGGCAGUACCUUUUAAACAGCAGUGUGGGAUGAGACCUAUAACUGUUGUCCACUAUCCCCCUGUCUUAUGUGCACAUUGGUCUGUUGAGAAGUAUAACUUUGCAUAAGUAACCCAUGUAAGAAACUGUACAUUUUUCAAAACUUGUAAAUAAAAGUGUAACCUUAUCCUUAUUGUAUAAAGAGGCAAGAGAUCUAUUUUA